AUGUCACAAGCUGAAAAUGCUUUAAAGUCUCAAGUUAAUAUCGACGAACAUAAACCAUCUUAUUGGAAAUUAUAUUCUUUUGCCAGUAGAAAAGAUUGGUGUAUAAUGAUUUUCGGUUUAAUAUUUUCUGCUAUUACUGGUGCUGCCGCGCCAUCAAUGACCAUCAUAUUUGGACAAAUGAUUAAUUCUUUCACGGAUUUUCAAACAGACCGAAUUAGUAGCAAAGACUUUCAAAAAGCAGUUAAUAGUAACACAUUAUCCUUUGUGUACCUUGGCAUUGCUAUUUUUGUUGCCGCUUAUAUUUGUAUGACAUGUUGGGUUUAUACUGGUGGAAGAAUUACACGAAAAAUUCGUGAAGCUUAUCUUCGUGCGUUACUUCGUCAAAAUAUUGCUUAUUUCGAUAAACUUGGUGCUGGUGAAGUAACAACUCGUAUCGCUUCUGAUACUCAUUUGAUCCAAGAUGGUAUUAGUGAAAAAGUUGCCGUGGCUGUUCAAUAUUUUUGUGCAUUCAUUACUGGAUUUAUUAUAGCUUUUGUAAAAAAUUGGAAAAUGACACUUGUGAUUUGUUGUGUAAUACCAUUGAUUGCAAUAACAAGUGGAAUCAUGAAUAAACUUACUUCAGCACACAUGAGGAAAGCUUUGUAUUUUUAUUCAUUGGCUAGUACAAUAGCUGAAGAAGUUAUUGCAACAAUAAGAACUGCUGUGGCAUUUGGAAACCAGAAAAAACUUUCUAAAUUAUAUGAUGCACGUUUAGAAAAAGCUAAAGUUCAAGAUAUGAAAAAAACUAUGGUCUAUAGUACUUCACUUGGUGUCAUCUAUCUUUUUAUUUAUGCAACAUAUGCCUUGGCUUUUUGGUUUGGAUCAACUUUGAUUUCAUCUGGUGAAUUGACUUCUGGUGAUGUUGUAAAUGUAUUUUAUGCUGUGAUGUUUGGUGCUUUCUCUCUUGGAAAUCUUGCUCCUGAGAUUCAAGCUUUCAGUUUUGCAAUUGGUGCAAGUUCAAAAAUUUUUGAAACAAUUAACCGGGUUCCAGUAAUUGAUUCUUCAUCUGAGGAAGGUGAACAACUUGUAGAUGGUGUUCAAGGUCACAUAGAACUUAAAAAUGUCUCUUUUGUUUAUCCUACAAGGCCUGAUGUUCAAACUUUAGAUAAUGUUUCAUUGAAUAUUCCAGCUGGUUCCACUGUGGCUUUGGUUGGUUCAUCUGGAUCAGGAAAAAGCACAAUUUUAUCACUUGUUCUCAGGUUCUAUGAUCCUGUUAUGGGAAGUAUUACAAUUGAUGGCCAUGACAUAAAAUCACUUAAUUUGAAAUGGCUACGUAGACAAAUGAGUUGGGUGGAUCAAGAACCUGUACUUUUCAAUACAACAAUUGCUGAAAACAUUUCUCAUGGUUUGAUUGGUUCAGAGCAUGAGCAGCUUAAUGAUGAAAAAAAACAUGAAAUGAUUGAAACUGCAUGUAAAAUGGCAAAUGCACAUGAUUUCAUUAUGAAUUUACCAAAUAAAUAUGACACAAUGGUUGGUGAAAAUGGAUUCUUAUUAUCUGGUGGUCAAAAACAAUGUAUAGCAAUUGCUCGUGCUAUUGUUAAAAACCCAACAAUUUUAUUACUUGAUGAGGCUACAAGUGCUCUUGAUACCAACAGUGAGGGAAUUGUACAAGAUGCUCUUGAUAAAGCUUCACAAAAUUGUACAACUAUAAUCAUUGCCCAUCAUUUGUCAACAAUCAAAAAUGCAACAAAAAUUAUUGUGAUGAAUAAAGGUGUUAUUGUUGAAUCUGGUAAUCAUAAUGAACUUAUGGCAAAAGAAGGUUACUAUUUUAAAUUGGUUAAAGCUCAACAUAUAACAAAUAUUCAAAUAAGUCAAAUGAUUACAAAUAAGUCAGCAUCAUCAGCAAUAAUAUCUAAAAAGUUGGCUGAUAUUGAAUCUGGUAUCAAGAAAGAUAGCAAUUACAAAAUAUUUGAACUUGUAAGAAAAGUGAUCACUAUAAAUCAACCAGAACUCCCAUUAAUAGUUCUUGGAUUAUUUGGUGCUAUUCUGGCUGGUUCUAUUUAUCCUGUGUUUUCCAUAAUAUUUGCAAACAUCAUACAAGCAUUUUCUACAACUGGUGAUAAAUUAACUCAAGAUGCUGAAUUCUGGUCACUUAUGUUUUUGGUUAUUGCUGUUGCGAUGAUGUUGGCUAAUUUUAUACAAGGGAUAUUAUUUGGACUUUCUGGUAAAAACCUUAUACAACGCAUACGGUCACAGUCAUUUGCAGCAAUAUUACAUCAAGACAUAUCAUUUUUUGAUGAGAAGGAUCAUACAGUUGGUGUAUUGACAAGUUCAUUAUCACUGGAUGCAACACAUGUGAAUGGAUUGGCUGGUGUGACAAUUGGAAGAAUUUUACAAGUUUUCACAACUAUAAUUGGUGGUUUGAUAAUUGGAUUAGUGAUGGGAUGGAAAUUUGCUUUAGUUUGUAUGGCAACAAUACCUUUGUUGAUAGCAUCUAGUUUAAUACGUAUAAAAAUGUUGGAUAGAUUCAAAGAAAAAACCAAAAAAACAUAUGAACAUUCUGCUCAAAUUGCAUGUGAAGGUACAGCCAACAUGAGAACUGUUGCAGCUCUUACAUGUGAAGAUGACUUGUGGAAUAUUUAUCAUAAUUUGUUGGAUGAACCAAUGAAACAAGGAACAUACAAUUCUUUUUAUGCAUCAAUUGCAUUUGCAUUUUCACAAUGUAUAUUGAUGUUUAUUAAUGGAUUGGCAUUUUGGUAUGGAAGUUUAUUGUUUAAGACUGGUGAAUAUGAUUUACAAAAAUUCUUUACAAUUUUCAUGGCCAUUGUUUAUGGAUCACUGUCAGCUGCACGUGUAUUUGCACUUGCACCAGAUAUUGUAAAAGCAAAAUCAGCAGCUGCAUCCAUAAUUGCAUUAUUGGAAAAUAAACCAAAUGUAGAAAACAAUGGUGAAAGAGUUGAGAAUAUUAAUGGACAUAUCAAAUUUAUUGAUGUACAUUUCCAGUAUCCAACAAGACCACAUGUCCCAGUAUUAAAAGGGUUGACACUUGAGAUCAAACCUGGACAGUUUGCUGCAUUAGUUGGACCUUCUGGAUGUGGUAAGUCAACAACAAUUGGAUUGAUUGAGAGAUUUUAUGAAACAACAAUUGGUAGAGUUGAAGUUGAUGGGAUUGAUGCUUCCAAAAUGAAUAUUAAUGAUCUAAGAUCAAACAUAGCUCUUGUUUCACAAGAACCAUCACUUUACAAUAUGACAAUUAAAGAUAAUGUGAUAUUUGGUGCCAAAGAAGGGCAAUCACCAACACAGGAGGAUGUUGAAAGAGUAUGUAAGGAAGCAAACAUACAUGAUUUUAUUAAAGAUUUACCAGAUGGUUAUAACACUUAUGUAGGUGGUAAAGGAACACAAUUAUCUGAUGGGCAGAAACAAAGAAUUGCUAUAGCAAGAGCUUUGAUUCGUAAUCCCAAAAUUUUACUACUUGAUGAAGCAAUAUCAGUGCUUGAUUCAGAAUCAGAGAAGGUUGUUCAAAAGGCAUUAGAUUUGGCAGCUAAGGGUAGAACAACAUUGGCAAUUGCACAUAGACUAAGUACAAUACAACAUGCUGAUGUAAUAUUUGUGAUAAAAGAUGGCAAAGUACAUGAACAAGGUACUCAUCAAGAAUUAUUAUCAAAGAAUGGUAUAUAUUAUAAUAUGGUGCAAGAACAAGAAUUAAGCACAAAUUAA